CUUCCGGGGCGUGUUCUCUGCGGUGACGUCUUUCUCGUCUGAUCCAAUCAGGAACUGCGGUGUAACUUUCAAACGUGCUCCGAGGCAAAAGUCUUCCGCAUAGCGAUGUAGUUAGUUAGCUAGGUCAGAAAGUUCUCUCUAAAACACUGCGCUCUCAAAUAAUUAGGUCAUUAUGGAGAGUCUUCACCAGGAGCAGGCCUGCAGGAUGUCAGUCCCCCGGAGGAACAUAUCUUCCCGUUUACCUGACCUGUGCUCCAAUUCCUCAGUUUGUAAAAUCACAGAUGAAACUUUUCCCUACAUGUCAGGAAUUUUCGAUGAGACGAUGGAUCCUUCUUAUAUAUCAAAUGAACCAGUAGCAACAGUAAAUUUGCCUGAGCAGGUAAACUUAAAAACAGUGACAAAAACUCAAGAUGAGGUCUUUUCAAGUGCUGGUAGUGAAACAAAGGCUGCAUACAACAGCUGGCUUAGUAUACCAGUGGAGGGCAGUCCUUCAAUAGAUUUCAGCAUGUCCAUGACAUCUGCACAGGGUGACCAUGAAGACAAGAAAGAUGUAACUGAAUCCAAUUCAAAGGCAGACAUUCCUGACACCAAGUGUCAUUCCCUAGAGUCUGUAAGCGGUAUGGAAAAAUCUGAUUCACUGGUGAAAUCAAAUAACAGCACUUUUGAUAUAGCUAAAGAGCAGUUUUCUGUACUGAAUUUGACUAAACCUGUUUCCACUAAAACAACAGGGUCGAACAAUGUUACUUUUGAGAAGUCAGAAGAGCUUCAAGGAAAGUCUUCCACACUCAGUUGUACAAUUUCUAAUGAUAAUGCAAGUGUGGGAGACAAACAUUUAGAGGACAAAUGUUUAAACUUAACUGUUGACGUCAACUGUUGUGGCUCAUCAAACUCUACUGUAGAGCAUCCAAAACAGAAGCUCAAUGAAACUGUAGAUAUUACUCAGUCAAAUGGACAGAAACAAGAGAAGAUUGAUGAAGGGCGUACAUGUAGUAAGGACUGUGAGAAGCAAACCACUUAUGCAGAGGAAACCAAUGCAACUGUUGACUUAACUGCAGGUGCUACAACAGAAGAUGCUAAGCCAGGUUCUCUAAAUGUAGAACCAGUUCACGGGACAUUCGUUAAACACAAUUUAACCACUGACGUCACAUACCCAGAGCCUGCUCCUAACUCAACUAUGACCGAGAUCAAAAGCUCUGACUCUGAAAUACCAGAACCGUCAAAUACUAUCUGUGGUAUGACUAAGAAAGAGUCACCCGUGUCUUCACCAUCAGCUCCAGUCAACAUAGCUGCACCAGUGAGAGUUGAUGUGACAGUUGGCACUGACAGAAUUCUAGAUAUUUCUGAAAUUGUUGGCACAGAAGAGCAACAAGACCAAGUUAGGAGAAGAAAUGGAAUGUCUGAUGGGGAAGGUUGCUUGAACUUGGACACCAGCCAAAGUAGCACAUUUUCAAUGGAUGAAAUACUUCAUUUGAGACGAUGUCCCUUCGUUAUAUCCACACCUAUUGUUCUGGAACGAGGCUUUGACAAACUUGGAUCUCUAAAGCCCACAAAUAUACAAAAACAACUCUCUGUUAUCAACAGUAUUAACAUUCAAACGAAUAAUGACACUGCUGGUGUUAGUAAGCAUGACGGAUUAGAGGACUCGAAGACAAAUCAGUUGUCUGUCAAGUCUGACACGUGCAGUCAGAUCCAAAAAUUUUCAUCAAACAGCACUUCAACUUCUGCUACCUCUGAAGCAGGAACUGGGAACAAACCUCUUUCGAAACUUGCAGUCAGAAGGAAAAUUCCCCAGCCCGCUUUUAAAUCCAAUAUUCCCAAGACCCAGCUCCCUCCAAGGCCUUCCACCGUACAGUUAAACUCAGCAGUGGUGAAGUCAAAGGCUACAACAGCAACACAAGCUUUAAUUCAGCCAGAGAUGCUCUCAUCUGCUUUGCACAGCACAAGGAGGACAGUCCAGCUGAAUAAGGGAAAAACUCUUUCUUCUUCAAAGAACACUUCCACAGCUUCCACUGUAAAGUCUUCAUCUGUUGCUACCUCCACCGGUACAUGUAAUUUGACUGCAGAUAAAAAGGCAGGGAAUACUUGUACUGCGUUUCCUAAACUGUCUGGGUUGCCACCCCCUGGUCGAGGAAGAUUUGGUCUGAAACCACCUGGGAGUGCUGUUUCCUCAGAAGAAAUUAGUCAUGCUCAGACUAACAACAAACCAACUGGUCUAUCAGGUAUAAGGAAAAGGAAUUCACUGCUUCCAGGUUUUUCCAAGAAGCAUGCAAGCAGUGAUGUCUUGCCAGUGGCAAAAAGAAAGAAAACUGAUUUACAGAACCAGCGCAGCUGUGCUGAAGCUCCAGCAGGCUCAGAGGAAGGGGAAGGUGUUCAAAAAAAUGUAGACACUCCCACAGACAUCACAUUGAAGAGAGCCGAUGCUGACUGUGGAAAUUGUAAACUACUUCAAGAGAAAUUACGCGCAUUUCAUGAAGAACUGGGGGAAUUUCUUCAAGAACUUGGUCGACCAGCAGAUUGUAAAAAGUGGGUUUUGCUUCAACAAAAUCUUGAGUCAUGUUUGGAGGAAAUGAAGAGUUUACAAACAGAUCAUCGUUAAGGAAGAAGAACUUGGCUGGCCUGCAAACUUUGUAUUUUGUAUAAUAAAAUGAAAUAACAAAUAAAAUGAUUAAUUUAUCUCCCCCUCCCAUAUUGACUUGAAAAUAGACGCUUUUAUUUAAUUGAGUCAGCACACUCAUUAAUGCUUUUUACACUACAUGUAUUGUUAAAUAGUCUAAGCUUUUACCUAUAACAAGAACAUUUCUUUACAGUAUUUGUUUAUUGGUUUUUUAUAAGCAUGAAUAGACAAUCACCCUGCAUAGAGUGUGUAAGACAUGGUAAGUAAACAUGGUCCAGUUCAGAUCAGUUUUGUAUUUUUUGGAUUCAAAGUUAAUGUUCAGUUAAAUUGUCCGUUUCCCAUUUUGAUGUGCCUGGUUACUUGAUAUUACGUGAAUUAAAGAUUUACUAAUUAA